AUGGCUGCCGCCGUAGCCAGGGCCCCUCUGCCCGCGAGGUCCUCCACCCCGCCUCCCAGCCUGUCUCUCAAUACUUCGCCACGAGGGACGCCGGCUCCGGUGCCAAACAAGCACCUUCCAGUAUGCCACCCGGGGCCCCAGCCCGUGCAGCAAUUCGACACCCCGCCGGCAUCGCCGCCCAUCAAGCAGGCUGUGAUCGACGCCUCGUCGCUCAUAGCGCCACCCGACAACCUCCCUCUGAUCUGCCAUGACCCGCCAGUCUACUCCAUCGACGCCAACUCUGUUUCUCGCGCCGUGGAGCAUUUGGCAACACAGGCAUUGCCGGAUCCGAAGCAGGUGUUCCCAUGGCUACACGGCUUGCACGCUGAUAACCAAAUACAAUUGGCCUUUUUCGUUCAGAGGAAGAAGUCGCUACGCAAGGUGCCUCGUUGCAUCAGAGGCUUGACUAUCGUUAAGGCCGGUGGCGACCUCAGCAGCGCCAAGCUCAAGGGGGCAAUCCCUCCGAGUGAGUUGCUCCUUGUGCAGAACUCGCCCGACGAGAGCGCUCAAUUCCUCGAGAUCGAUCCCAGAGAUGGCUUCUCUGUCAGGAACUUUCAGAUUCAGGCCUGCAAAAUGGCCACCGUCUCGGACAUCAUCGUCUAUAGCGACGAGAAGACUCCUCGCGAAGAGGUAGUGAGACUGGCCGCGCAAAUUUCAGCCGCCCAGAGGAUUUGGAGAGAGAGGCACAUUGUCACAGGCACCGAUGUACAGGAUUUCAACACGUUUGUCGUGUCUGACCCGUUCAGCACGUUCGAGGAAAACCACCCGGAACUUGUAGCAGUAGAUGCCCGAGGCCGCAUGACUGGCAAUGUGAUGGACUUCUUCUAUUGGGAGCGCUUGGAGAUGUGUACCAUGUCCGAGGCUUCAGAAAUCAGCCACAACGUUUUCAUGGGGCCGACGCCCGAUCCCGAGCUCGGAAUAUCAUCCGCUGGUGAUUUCGACGUUCUGGUCGAGACGAGCGACCAGGCACGCUGCCCCGACUCUCGAUCUCUACAGGCAGCCUCAAAAAUGCUGGAGAAGACGAAAAGACCAACUCUCAGUCUCUCGUUCCCGUCUUCCGGCAGCAUUGUACCACCAACUUGGUCCCAUGCUGAGGUCGACAGUCUGAUGGAGAUGUGCCACUGGAUGUACAGGAUAGCCAAUCCCAUGGAUGCCGCAGAUUCCGGCAUCGGUGAGGAUGGCGAUAGUGAUAUGAGCGACAAGACGGAUCAAUGCCGGAAGCUGUUGAUCCACUGUGCAGAUGGUUACACCGAGAGCUCUUUGCUCGGGCUCACUUACUUCAUGUUCGCGGAGGGACUUCCGGUCCACGAGGCUUGGGUGCGCCUGCAUCGGGAUCGAGGCCGGAACUUUUUCGCCUAUGCCUCUGACGUGGCGCUUCUAACGAGCAUCCAGCCACGAAUCCUGCAGGAGUCCCCGCGUUUCGGCGGUUCAGUUCUCACCCUUCGGGAACCAGCUUGGUUAUCGAAGCUUGACGGUAGCCUACCCAGCCGCAUUCUGCCAUACAUGUACCUAGGCAACCUCAACCAUGCCAACAACCCCGAACUUCUUCGAGAACUCGGCAUCACGCGAGUGCUCUCCGUUGGAGAGCCAGUAUCGUGGAGCAGGGAGACUCAUGACGAGUUUGGCACGGAGAAUCUCCUUUACAUCGACCGCGUCCAAGAUAAUGGGGUUGAUCCUCUGACCGAGGAGUUCGGCCGAUGCUUGCGAUUCAUCGAACAAAGCAAGGCUGCCGGCACUGCCACUCUUGUCCACUGCCGUGUAGGGGUCAGCAGGUCUGCCACAAUCUGCAUCGCGGAGGUCAUGAACGAGUUGGGGAUGAGUUUCCCACGCGCGUAUUGCUUUGUCCGCGCUAGAAGGCUGAACGUCAUCAUCCAGCCCCACUUGAGGUUUACGUACGAGCUACUCAAAUGGGAGGAAUAUCAACACCAACGGCGUGGCGAACCACUUCGGCGCGAGCUUGAGUGGGGGACGAUCGCACGCGAAAUCGCAUUAAUGAACCGCCCAUACUCUCGGCAAUGA